AUGCACCUACUCGGACCGAUGCGUUCCGACAAAAAAUACGGUGCAUCCGCUCCGAUGGUCACACCGACCGUCACGGCGGUGCUGCUGCUGAUCAUGCUGCUGCAUACUGUAACUGGCUUCAAUCUGGCGACCUCAGCCAGCAUCUAUCUACCGAUCAUCCUCAUGCUCAACUACCAGCUGCUGAACGUGCCUCCAACGAACGCAUUCGGUGAUGUACCCUUCUGUGAGAAUUGCGUUAUGCUUGAUCCGAAUGAACCAGCUCGGCUAGUUCGGGAGGUUUCUUUCAAAACCGGAUGCCGGGGUGAGAUUUGCAUGUCCGAUCUACAGCUAUCGGCUCGCUGGCUAGACAUUGACAGUGAUGUAGAAUACAUUCUGGGCAGCACGAAGAAGGCUUCCCUCGAAUUCACGGUUUACAAUAAUGGUGAAAAUGCGUACCUGCCGCAGCUGAAUGUAACACUCCUGCCAGCUCGACUUACCCUAGCCAAUCUGACGCGCGAGUGUCGCCAGACGGUGACGAUCGAAAGUGUAAACGUACUGUGCGAUCUUAACAGAGGACUUCCGCUGAAGGCGUCCCACACCGCCAAGUACACCCUGGAGCUAGAUAUGACGAAGCUUAAAGGUGGUACAGUGUCUAAGGCAGAGAUACGUGCUGAGGCGCUCAGCACUAGCGAAGAGUUGGUACCGAUGGAUAACUUUUACGAAACGAUGCUGUCACUGCGGGAGUACAGCGAGAUCGAGUUCGUCUCUCCCCCCCCGGAUAAAUCCCACGUGAGCCUGAAAGGCAAGGAUGUGAAUAAAUUCAAGCUGACUCUGCACAACAAUGGUCCGAGUGUGUUCAGGAAUGUCGAGGUGACGAUGAAUGUUCCGUUCCGGAAACCGAACUCCGGUGGCCAAACGAACCAGUUCAUCGACAAAAACUCGAUCGUUUUCAGCGCAUCCCUUGGCAACAAAACGCUCGAUUACACAUGGAUCCAGAACGGUGAAGAUCUGUUACUGCACAAUCAUGGGUUGACCGCUUCACAAAAGAACCGGAUCGAUGAGUUCUUGUCUAAACUGCCUUCUGGAAGGAAGCUUCUGCUCAGCUGCCUUGACGAAAUUGAGUUGUACGAGCAGUGUGAACGGUUCACAGUAGCCGUCGAAUUCUUCCAUCCCGGUAAUGAAACGAUUGUGAUAGAGUUUAGCUUUCAGGUCGAUCUGGAUGCGGUCGCGAAUUCUCUCCCUGUUGCACCUGCAGACAUCCCAGGUUGUUGCUUUGUGGUAUUCAUAAUGGCCAAUGUGCAGCAGAAGCGAGAUCCAGCGGAAUCAGCGAAGCAUUCGCGCUUUACGCUAGCACCUAACGAUCUCUACACCCUCGUAUAUCACUACCCGGACCAGCACCUAACGAUCCCUACACCCUCGAAUACCGCUACCGGGACUUGGGUUUGGUCUUUGGUGAUAAUAGGCUCAGUAUUAUCAAGUAUUAUUCUACACUAA